CGUAUUAUUACCGGAAGUUUAGGCAGAUCCAUGUGUUUCAUUCAUUGUUGCUCUAGAAUAUAUUGAUAGCUGAUCUUUUUUAAACAGUUCAAUCAUGCGUCAGAGGACGGAACCUCAAGCGUCAGCUAAUGCAGCCGCGGAAAAUAUCCUUAAAAAGGCUCCACCUGCAGGUCAAACUGUUCCAAGCCAAAAUAAAGCCAAAGGCAAACUUUCCUGUUCUUCCAUGCUCAUGAACUUUGGAAAGUGUUUAUUCCUUAUUGUCAUCAUCCCUCCAUUCCUUAACUACGCAUCACUGCAGAGAGAGGGACAGAUGCUCCUGCCAAAAGGUGGCCAGAUGGUUGAUGUUGGCUCGGGUCAAAAGAUGCAUCUUUUAUGCAAAGGACAAGGGAAACCAGUUGUCAUUCUGGAUGCUCCGACUGGGAUGUCAUCAGACAUUUGGUUUCACGUCCAAGAGAGUAUGGCCACAGUUACAAAGGUGUGCACCUUUGACAGAAUGGGGCUGGGCUUCAGCCAGCGAUUGAUGCAGGAUGAAACCACAGGAACUGAGAGACUUUGGAAAAUGUCAACAACUGGGCGGAUGGUGGAUGAUCUUCACCGACUCCUGCAGGCUGCCGAAAUCAACAAGCCCUUCAUCCUGGUUGGCUCUGAGCUCGGUGCCCUCAAUAGCAGGUUCUACAGCCACAUCCACGAUGUGCAAGUGUCAGACCUGGUGCUGAUUGAUCCCAUCCCAGAGGACGUUUUCGAGGAGGACCAGUGGAAUGAGUACUGGUUUGGGAAGCUUCUUCCAUCGUUCCAGGCUGGACAGUUUUCCGCUGCUGCAGGAAUUAGCCGCCUCCUGAUAAUCCUGGGGGCCUUACAUCCAACUGUGGAAGGUGAUGGUGUCCCAGAGGACGUCGUCCAACGCCAGAAAUAUCUCCUCUGUAACCCGGCCCAUCACAGCAGUGCAGUGGAUGAACACUACUUUAUGAAUGAGAGUGCAGCUCAAGUGAGAGACAUUACGAGGUUUAAGCCUCUCUCCAGCCAGGUGUCAGUGAGUGUCAUCACUGGAGAUGCAUUUGAUGAACAAAUACCACGCCACCUGAACCAGAUGGUGGCUAAGCUUCAAAAGAAGUUUCUGGAGGAGUCUUACCCAACGGCCAAUCAGAUUCACAUUAAAGGAGCAGACCGACGAAUGAUCUACAAGCAGCCAUCUGUCAUCAGUCAGUACCUGCGGAGGAUAGUCAACCAGCGACAGUCCAGACAGCAGAGCCAGUGACCCAUGGACAAAAUGAAUUGUUGAAAAGGCAGAGGGCAUCAGAGAGUCAUCCUGGAGGUACAACUUAUCUGGUAAGUACUGAGAUUUGUUUUUUCACGUCUUAAAAAUCCAAAUAACCAGCAUUAGCAUAAGCUUUAGUUGCAAUCCUGGUUUGUUUUUGCCAAUAGGCAUGAGUACAUGAAAGUAUGCAGUUUAAAGACGGCAUGUGAUGUGUUGUUGGCACAAAUCUUUUCUCAUUGUCUUUGGCCUGAAAACAUUAGUACGUACGCCUGGGAAUGCACUAAAGGCCGCGCUACUUUUGGCCACUGAGGGCUAACGAUGCAAAUCUCCAUUUGUUACAAGAAAAUAUUUGUUCGGUCAAGAUGUUGCCAUGCAAAUCCAAUCUUGUUUUCCAUACAAAGUCCUUAUUUUCUUAGGACCUGAAGCUAAACAUUGAGCAAACUGUUAGGUAAAGGUCACAACAUGUUGUCAUGACUCCCACUUUUCUAAGCUUCAGUCUUCAAGAAUCCCUCAUUUCAAGAUGUGUGUGCAUGUUUGUUGGCCACUGAACCUGGUUCUGUGAUUUGUCUGAAUGGACAAUUACUUUUGAUAUCCCAUGAUCCUUAGCAGGAUAACGCUGUUUAUGACGUAUUGUAGAAUUCCUAAUAUAGAAAUGUCCCAGAAUUGAUUUGUUUAUAAGUUGCUGAAGUAAAAGGAUCUUGGUUUACCUCAGGGCAGUGUUGCUGGAUGUAUCCAGAGAAUAAUAAGAGUUGUGAUCAUAUUUAAGAUGUUGGUGAAUGUCAAACCAAACAGCAAUGACCUGUAUUGCAGUAUAAAAUAGUAUUACACUCAAAUACUGAAUGUGAAAACCUCCUGUGGAAGGCUACAGUACAGUAUGUGGCUAAUUCAUGCUAAUUGCCUCAACAGCAGGUGACAGGGGCAGGGGGAGGAGGGGGUGAACGUCUUGGUGUCUUUGUAUACUCAUCUCGAGCACCUUAUUACUUUUCUUUGAGCAGUUACAAGAAAAAAGCGGAAUAAAUUUCCUUUGUACAACUUGUGCUCAGGGAGCAUGACCUCCUCCCAGGAAGACAAGGUUAGUUUGGAAUCAGAGUGUGAUUCUUCUGAUUUGGUCCAGCAGAGAUGUUUUUGUUGUCGUUGUACCUCGUCUGACAACUUGUCCCAUCAGGAUGCGACUGAGUGAAACAAUCUGACAUGUGUUUUACAUAUCAACUGCCAGGCCUUUCAUUUCAGUGGACUUUGCGUCUUCACUGACAACAUUUUUAUUGACGUCUAAAGACAGGAAGAUUAGACACGGUGUCUAAUUAGUCUAUUUCUCCACCAUGGUGUUUACACACCUGAAGCCCCGUGACAGGCUGGGGAUCUGCACAAAGACAACAGCAGAUGAAGACAGCGUUCAGCUCAGUUGUUUGUGCCAAAGCAGAGCUAGAGAACAGAGGAAAUGAGGAAUUUAAUUUUUUUUUUACAAGAUAGAACAACCUGGUACGCUAGAACGUAUAUCCAUUAACAGUUACUGGGCUCACACAGAGUGACGAGAUGUGUGCCAUUAGCCCUCAAGUCUGUGAAGUAAUCGUUAAAAGUCAGCAAAAAAACCCAAAAACAAAACAAAAUAAGACAUAAAAUAAUCAGGCAAUAAAGUUAGCUGAAAUAAAAUGCAAAAAUAAGUAAAAUUUGCCAAGAAAUUGCUUCAUCUUCCAAUCUGAAAAUAGUUUUCAACCAUGUCUUAUACCAAAUAAAUAUAUGAUAAUUACAUGGAUUGUUGAACUGUUUAUUUUAUAGUUUUAAGUCAAUUCAUUAAAGCAAUAUCUUUCAUAAAUGAAUACUGUCAGACACACUUAUAUACAGUAAAUCAGUGAACACUACUGUAAAGGUACCAUCUGUAAAUGCAUCUCUUAGUUUUACUAGUGAAGAAACACAGUAAGGAGGAGACGAUGAUGGAUGUGCCUGGUGUCCAAGUGUACGGAGGAGUGGGAUGGGAGGGCCUGCUAAAUUCUUGACAUGAAAUAUUACCUGCAGCUCUGGACAGAGCAGACCUGCGUGGAUGGCAGGAGAGAUAGCAUCCAUCCUUUCAGCGCCACAAACAAACAAACAAACAAAAGCUCUAAGAUCUCUGACCCAACAAAGGAAGUACAACUGAUAAGUUCCACUUUCUUCCCCUUCUCUUGCUUCAUCUCUUUGAAUAGCCUUUUCCUCACCUUGCCACCACUGUGCCCUUCUAUUAAAGGUAGUAAUGGCUGCCAACUUCCCUCAGGCCUUUUUUUUAAUAUUUGUCACUCAUGAAGGAAGGAGUGGGAGGGAGGGAGGCAGGGAGAUGAUAAAUCUUAUUUUUGCCAGCUAAGGGCUUCUAUCUUCCAAACAGGAUAAAAUCUGGCUGAAAAAACACUGCUGUGCGCAUUAAGAAGCUGUGGGUUUAAGCCAUGUCCGACGUGAUCAAACCAGGAUUUAUGAAGCAUCAUAACUCCCAACAACAUCCAGGGGCUUAUUAAUUUUAUAUGUUUCUGUCCAAUCCCUGAUAUUCUUAGCUUUGACAGUCACUCAAGAUAAGCCAAAAGCAUCCUGACAGGAUGGAGGGUGUGUAUAUUUUUCACUGUUCUGCCGCUUCCCCUCCAGUUGAAUUGGUUUCAGUAGAAACCUUGAAUCUGCCGCUGUGUGAUUUGCACUCAGGCUUUUGUCUUCACUCCCUACUUCCUAAUUUGUAAUGGACCUUAAAUCAGACCUGGACUCUGCUGAGCCAGUCACAGACAGAGAGGGAGAGAGAUGUGGGGAGGGUUUCUGUGAGAAUGACUUCAUAUAAAGAACUGCCCAUACGUUUAAGGUGGCUGUACAUUUACUGCACACUCACUGUCGUUUCCUCCUUUUUCUUUGUUAUUGUUUGUUAUUAGUGUUCAUUCAACACAAAUGUAGAGAACUAGAAGCUCAGUUCAGGACGUUUUAUAAGAUCUGUGUAUUAAAGGUCUCUGGGUGCGUCAGGAGUGACACUGCCUCUGCAGCCAAUGGCAGCGCCUCUGUGCCACACUUUUGCCCUUUCUUCAAAUAUUUGAAAAAGAGAGGUACACACUGUAUAUAUUUAUUGUAUUUGAUCUGCCCUAAACAUUUGCACAUUAGUAUGGGCAGUAAAAAGCAGAAGGACAGAAAAGAAAAUAACUGUUUGGCCCCGAUAUCACACAUGAAUUGGAAUGUAAUCACCAUUUCUGUCCUGUCAUUCUGUUUGGUCCGAUAUGAAAAAUCUAAAUGCUGAUUUGACUUAUUUUAACUGGGACACAACUGUCCUCUACCCUGUGUGGUCCAAAGGAAACAGUGAGGAACAGUAGAGGGAGCGUCAGAAAGGAGCAGAGACUUUGAUUCCUAGUGUAAUGAUGGCAUAGGUUCACAUCAGUAUAUGAACAGAAGCAGUACAUGGAAGAGGAGGAGCAGAGGUGACAACACCAGCUCUGACUCUCCUGACAGCUGCUUCACAUCCCUGACAUGCUGUGCACCAGCAGAACAGAAUCCUGACAGACUGUUUGAAGAUAAAUCCACUAACCCCCCCAACCAUGAUUUCCUUCACAUUAUUAUUAUUAUUUUUUUACCAAAGUAGCUACCUUUUAAACUGUAUAUGUGGAGCAUUAAGGAAAUGGUUAUAAGCAGUUUGCAUGUACAGUAUUUCUUGAUAGUCUUUGUACUUCCAAAUUCUAUUUAUUAUAUUGAAUUCAAUAAAUCUGCAGCUUUUGGUAUGAGGGAUAUUAUGGAGGGUUGACCAGAGGUUGACCUGGUAUAUGUAAAUGAUCCUGAUAAUAUACUGUAGGUUUGAUAAUCUAUGAUGGCAAAUAGUUCCUCCCUCUGACUGAUCAUUCAUAGUUGCACUCUCUCUCUCUCUUUCUCUCUCUCUCUCUAUAUAUAUGUCUAUAUAUACAUUUUUUUUUUUCUGUGAUAGUCACAGUGGAAUAAUAAAGAUUAUGUUUUGACAUAUGAUUCAUAUUUUUUUUCGUAUGAUAUGAUUCAUCUUACAAAUAUAUUGGGGCCAUAAACAGAUUUUACCACACCGUGCAUAAAUGUUUGGUUAAUCACAUUAACCAAAAAUUUACACACACUCUUCAUUCAGUGUUCGAUAUGUUUUACUCCUUGUACAAAAAUAGAACAGUAGCGAGAUAAGCGUUUUAUCCCUGGUGAGGGAAAAUAACCGACUUUUAAAUCCCCCCCCCCCCGUGUUUUACCUUUGUAUACUGUAUGUACUUUCACUUUUAUUUCGUAUUCAUCCCAGCCACAGAGACUGCAAAGACAGUGAUUGACCACCUUGUAAAAUUCUGAUAUAUUUUUAAGAUCUCCUAAAGAUCUCAUACGGUAGAACCACAGCUAAGAUUCAAGCUUCGUUUUUGUGUUCAUCUGCCUUCACUUCCCUUCAAACCGUCUGGCUUUGUACAUUUGAGUACAAACAAGCUACAGUGGCUAUCACAGCCAGCAGUCUCUGACUAAGACCCUGGCACACACCGUCCACCUCUAGCCCCAGUGAGUGAAGCACACAGCAGUGAGGAGGCAGGCAGGAUGUAAUCUCCAGGAGCUGUUGAUUCAAAGAAACACACAGGGUUUGGGUCAAAGGGAUUAAAAUGGUGGAGGUACUGGUUAUAAGAGGCACAAGGGCUGCAAAAUAGUGGCAGGAGCAGCGGGAGCGAUGUUGGAGCCACCCCAUAACAGAGAGUAGGAUUACAGGGGAAACGGUGCUAGGACGGGGGAAAGUGCCACUGAACGGAACGCAGCAUUAGCAGCUGGUUUUCAGCACUGUACAGGUUCAGUGAGCUCACAGCAUCAGAGGAGGAGGUCAUGUUCUCUGUGAUGGUCAGCUGGUGCUGGGAAACAUGGGUAAAACAUGGAGGAAAAAGGCUGAACUGUAGAGUGAAGAGGUCAAAGCUGCCAAGCUGCCACCUCUCUGUGAUUGUUGUCUGAAAAAAAUCUCUAAAGUUAAACAAAGGAGACAGAGCAUGCUGGGAAAUACUGAGCUAAGAGGUUUGGAUUUAGACCUUCAUGCUUAUGCAAACCUCACAUGGUUUGGAUGGCGUUCCAUCAACAAAACAUGUCAAUCACCUCGCUGUGAAAGAGGCAGAGAUACCAGACUGAAACCUAUCUCACCCAGACCCAAAUACUGCACUCACAGCUUCCAUUUCACAGUCUGUGGGAGAGCGGGGUUUGAAAAUCUAACAUCUCACACUUUUUUUUUUCAAACCGGCUUUCCAAGGAGUCAGAUUCCGGUUACAUUUCACAUUGAAUAGACCUGUGUUUCCAGCAGUCUAGCCCACUUCUAGUACGCUGGCUGGUGGAGCAAUGACAGAUUGGUUUCACUUUCUGCACCAGGGAGCACAAUGGAGUGGCUUUGACAGAGUUAAGAGAAACAGAGCAUUGUUGCACCUCAACCCUCACCCCCCCAUCACUAAUCUUUCUCUUAACCACCCUUCCACCCCCUCUCUCCUCUCUCUCUUUCACUCGCACUCAGAAAAUGAAUGGUCCUGUCUGACCUGGACGACAGUGAUGUCUAGUCUUCUGCACUACUGUACCUACAGCACACCUGUCUACCAUCGAACUCACUGUUGUAGCACACUUUAGUUUGUUGUGUGUACUAUAGACGUACACACAACAAACACAGACAGAGGAAACAGGGUCACCCAGCAGACGGGCAGAGGUCAAGAGAGUCCACACACCAGAACGGCUGGUGGAGGAGACACAGUUCAGUUUCACUACUUAAAAAAUGAGAAGCUAAAGCUAACGUUCAAAAUCAUGAAAACCACUGCUUCACAGGAGGUCACUUCCUGCUUGUAUGUUGGCGAUCAGUGUUAUAGUUGUGGCUUGUUUGGAAAUUUGAGGGACAUCACGAUGAGGAGCAGUUCAUGAUGCACAGACCAGACCUAUGCAACUGACUGACCAAUCGCAGCAGACUUGAGAGUGAGUGAGAGACUACAGGUUACUAUAAAAAACCCGAAUCAUCCCUGCUGUCAAUUAAAUACUGUAGACAACCUGCGUUUACAAUCAUUGAAAUAUGUCUUCUGUGUAACUGGUUCUCGCUCGCCACACUUCAACCUGGUGGAAUUCAAACCAGCGAUCCACUGAUACCAAGAGUUCCUUGCUGAACCCAUAAUAAGCGUCUCCACGUCCUUACCUAUGACUUUGGACUUUAAAAAGGUUCAAACACUAAGAUCCCUUGCCCAGAUUGUGUGAUAAAGAAACACUGGAAGAGAUAAAGGUUCCAUUGCCAGAGGUUGUGUGCUCUUAUGUUUUACCGUGUGUUACAAUGAGAAAAGAAAAAACGUGUGAUAUCACACUGAUACGGCGUUCUAAAGACUAUGGGCUGUAUUUUCUCUUCAUGCAGGUGAAUGUACAAUCAAUAAAAUGGAUUAGCAGCAAAGCUAUGUAUAAAGGUUAUCACUGAGCUCUCCUGCACCAACGCAGAGGCGACCUCACCAAACAAUUUCAUAAUGUUUCGAGGUUAUUUUUUUUUCUCAGUGUAAAUCUGAUUAUGUUUUCCUCGAACCUAAAAUUGAUUUGCAGGGAUAUAUGUUAUCAAAGGAAAAAUGGACUGUGCUUUGCUAGAUCCUAUAAGACUAGGAUGUAAUUUCUUCUCUCUCUAUCCUUUGACUUGGUCGUAGCAGAGUACCAAUUAGUUUUUUUUUGUUGUUUUGUUUUUCCUUCCACUAUCAAGUUCUAUUUUCCUAAUCUGGUGGGGUUUUUUUUCCAGUCCAUAUGAUCAUUGUCUCUUUCUACCUCAGUGCAUCACAGCUCGACUUAGUUUCACUUGUUUAGUUCCACUCACUGCUGCUGCUGCUGCUGCUGCUGCUGCUGCUGCUGCUGCUGCUGCUGCUGAGUCCUGUGUCAACCCUCAGAGAGACUUUAACCGUGUGGUUUUCCAUCAAGCUGACUGACGAUCUGAACAUCCCUCCACCCAGUGAUUCUUCUAUCUCUCUUUCUCCAUCUCUCUCUCUCACACACACUGGCCCCAGCAAGCUUGAGAAAAUACACCCCCUUCUUAAAGAAGGCAGCAGGGAUGUGUAGAAAGGCCCCUCACCUCAGCUUCUGGUUUUUGUCUCUGCCUAUCCCUUCACACACACACA